UCCCCCACCCAUAGUUAAUUCUUCUCAACCUCCAAGAAGAACCCAUGGAGAUUUCUGCCUCCCUCAUCUAUUUUAUGUUGUACUUGUUGGUGAUGCUCCACUGUUAUCUGGCUGCAGCAGUGAGAACCAACAUCACCACAGACCAAUCCGCUCUUCUUGUCCUCAAAGCCCACAUCACCGAUGACCCGAAGAAAAUCCUGGCAACCAACUGGUCGUCUGCAGCCGGCUCCGCCUGCAACUGGGUUGGGAUCACCUGCGACGCAAACCACCACAGAGUAACAGCCUUGAAUCUCUCUUACAUGGGUCUUAACGGAACCAUUCCUCCACACCUGGGAAACCUCUCAUUCCUGACACAUUUAUCCUUCAGAGCCAACCGUUUCCAUGGCUCCCUGCCCGCCGAGUUGGCUUCUUUACGUGGGUUGCAAGUCAUCAGCUUUGGAGAGAACAAUCUCGAUGGAGAGAUACCAUCAUGGCUUGGGUUGUUGCCUAAGCUUGAAGAGUUGUAUCUUUGUUGCAACAGUUUCAGGGGAACCAUUCCGCCAUCUUUGUUCAACACUUCGUCGGAACUGCGAAUAAUCAAUCUCGGUCAAAACAUGCUUACAGGAUGGAUACCACCAAGUUUAAGCAACUGCACUUCACUGAAGGAAAUUAAUUUGUUUGAAAACAACUUGACAGGUGAAGUACCCUCUGAUAUUGGGAAUCUCCCAAAUUUGGUGAAAUUGGAUAUCAACAACAACAGCUUAACUGGUGUCAUCCCAUACUCAAUCUUCAAUCACUCAACCAUUAGAGUCAUUUCUCUAUAUUUGAACUUUCUCUCAGGCCAUCUUCCAUCAGGCAUAGGCAACUGGGUUCCAAAUCUUGAGGUGCUUUACCUAUGGGGCAAUGAAAUAGAUGGAAUAAUCCCAAGCUCUAUCUCAAAUGCUUCCAAGCUCAUUAAACUGGAGCUGGAGGAAAACUAUUUCUCUGGCUCUAUUCCUCAUACCCUUGCCAAUUUAAGGCAUCUGGAGGUUCUCAACUUGGCCGGCAAUUUGUUGACCAGAGAAUCUGCAACUCUAGAAUUGAGUUUUCUUUCAUCUUUGACAAAUUGCAGAAAGUUGACAAGGCUGAUGCUUGCAGAUAAUCAACAACUGAAUGGUACCCUUCCAAUUUCCAUAGGAAAUUUCUCUGGAUCCCUUCAGUACUUUUCAGCAUUUGGCUGCAACAUCAAGGGCACCAUCCCAAAACAGAUUGGUAAUUUAAGCAACUUGCUAGUUCUGGCUCUACAAAACAAUGAAUUGGGUGGAGCUAUUCCAAGUACAGUAAGGGGAAUGAGAAAGCUCCAAGGUUUGUGUCUUCAGGGCAAUAGGCUGCAAGGAUCCAUCCCAGAUGUUAUCUGUGAUCUAAGUAAUUUGGGUGAAUUGUUUUUAAGUGGCAAUGAGCUCUAUGGAUCAUUACCAACAUGCUGGAAAAGUCUUACUUCACUUCGAAAACUUUUCUUAGAUGCCAACCAUUUGACUUCCAAGAUACCCCCAUCCUUGUGGAGCCUUGGAGAUCUUAUGCAAGUAAACUUGUCUUUGAAUUCUCUAAGUGGCCCUCUGCCUUCAGAUAUUGGAAAUUUGAAGGUUGUAACACUUUUAGACUUGUCAUGGAAUCAAUUAUCAGGACAAAUCCCUGCUGCCAUUGGAGGCCUGCAAAAUUUGGAAAGGCUCUCCUUAGCACAUAACAAAUUUCAAGGUCAUAUUCCUCAGUCAUUUGGUCAGUCAAUAAGCAUGCAAGUGUUGGAUCUAUCCCAUAACAAUUUGUCAGGGGUGAUUCCAGAGUCCCUAGAAAAACUCCAUUGUCUCAAACACUUGGAUGUGUCUUUCAACAGAUUAGGUGGUGAAAUUCCAUCUGGAAUGGAUAUUUCUAUCUUCUCAGCUCAAUCAUUCAUGGGGAAUGAAGGGUUAUGUGGUCCACCCCAAUUUAAAGUUCCACCCUGCCAAGUUGUUGGACAGUCAAAGGCACACACUUCAGUUAAGCUUGCAUAUAUUCUACCUGCUGUGAUAGCAGCAAUACUUGUGCUAAUUCUCAUACUUUUUCUGAUAAUAACCCUAAAAAGGAAUGCAAAAUCAGCAAGUCAAGAAGCUCCAACUCUAGCAACAUGGAGAAGAAUUUCAUACCUAGAGCUUGAAAGGGCAACAGAUAGAUUUAGUGAAAGUAAUUUGGUUGGGAAAGGGAGCUUUGGGUCUGUGUACAGAGGAACACUUUCAGAUGGGAUGAGUGUUGCAGUAAAGGUCUUUAAUCUAGAUAUUCAAGGAUCAUUCAAGAGUUUUGAUGCAGAAUGCAAAGUAUUACGCAGAAUCCGUCACCGGAAUCUUGUCAAAAUCAUCAGUUGCUGCAGCAACAACGAUUUUAAAGCCUUAGUGUUAGAGUAUAUGCCGAAUGGGAGUCUCAACAAGUGGCUGUAUUCUCAUACCUACUCCUUGGAUAUCCUACAUAGAAUGAACAUAAUGAUAGAUGUUGCAUCAUCAUUGGAGUAUCUCCAUCAUGGUUCUCAUGUACCUGUUGUUCAUUGUGAUUUGAAACCCAGCAACAUUCUCCUCAAUGAUGAUAUGAUUGCGCAUGUUGGUGACUUUGGGAUUUCCAAACUCUUGGGUGAUGGAGAUUCUAUGACCCAAACCAUGACACUUGCCACUAUUGGUUAUAUCGCACCAGAGUAUGGAUCACAAGGGAUCAUUUCCACAAGCGGCGAUGUUUACAGUUACGGUAUUUUGUUGAUGGAAACUUUCACAGGAAAGAAGCCCACUGAUGAAAUGUUUAGCGGAGAAAUGAGCCUAAAACGCUGGGUAAAAGAGUCGUUGCCACAUGCAGUAAUUAAAGUUGUAGAUGGUAACUUACUACAGAAAAACGAUCGGCGUUUUGAUGCUAAGCAGGAUUGCAUAUUUUCCAUUAUGAGACUGGCCAUGGAUUGCUCAGCAGAGGCACCGGAACAGAGGAUGCAAAUGAGAGAUGUCGUAAAAACACUCAAAAACAUCAAAAUGAAGUUUGUUGAUGGGGAUUGACAACAUGAAAAUUUGUCUUUGGUUUUGUGUUAGGCCCUCAGCAGACCAUUAAGGAUGUUUGAGUGCUUUAGUACUUGUGAAUUAAUCAAAGAUUACUUGUGAAACAAAAAAAAAGAAAGAAAGUGUA